AUGUCUGCUCUUCUCACUGCCGGCCUUGUAGCCGCUCUUGCUGCCUCCCCAGUGGCAGCGUUCUGGCGGCUGCCAUGCAAAUCCCCAAUUGUCGUCGAGCGGGCCGACCCUAUUGUUAGUCCUGGUGUGGUGUCUGGCCACUUGCACACGAUCAUGGGAGGAAACGGAUUUGAUUUCACCAUGACCUAUAACUCGACACAGGAGUCUACUUGUUCUUCUUGCACAGUGAAAGGAGAUUUCAGCAACUACUGGAUCCCAGCCUUGUUCUUCCAGCACCCAAAUGGGACUUUCGAAAGCGUCGACCAGGUCGGUGGUGCCACUGUAUACUACCUGCAACGGCAGGGCGACGGAGAGACUCUGAAAGCAUUCCCUCCUGGCUUCCGCAUGGUUGCCGGAAAUCCUUUCAAGCGCACUGGGGGCGAUGAUUUCGCAUCUCAAGCCAUCAGCUACAACUGCCUCGACUACAACGCUGCGGCUAAGCCAGAAACCCCCAACUUCCCCAACUACAAUUGCCCCGAUGGGCUUCGAUCUCAAGUCUUCUUCCCAUCUUGCUGGAAUGGAAAGGACUUGGACUCCCCCAAUCACAGCUCUCACGUCUCUUAUCCUGCCAAUGCUUACAAUGAUGGUCCAUGCCCGGCCGAUUUCCCGGUCCAUCUGAUCUCCAUCUUCUACGAAGUCAUCUGGGAUACUGGGAAAUUCGCCGAUCAGUGGUAUGGCGAUUCGCAACCGUUCGUCUGGUCGAUGGGUGAUCCUACAGGUUAUGGUCACCAUGGUGAUUUCGUCAUGGGCUGGGAUCCUGAUUUGCUCCAGUCUGCUGUUGACCAGUGCACCAACCUCAGCGGCCAGGUUGAGGAUUGCCCGGUUUUUGACCUCAUCCCUGAUGCUCAGGCAGAAGGCUGCCGUAUCGAACCUGAAGUCGACGAGCAAGUCAGCGGCCUGCUCACAGCCUUGCCUGGUUGCAAUCCCGUUCAGCCUGGCCCUACAGCCACUCCUCAAUCUGGCUGCGGUGCGACCACCACUAUCUCUCCCUCCAACGCGACCUUUUUCACCGACCUGACCAGCCAGGGAUGGGCGUAUAUGGGAUGCGGAACCGACAACUACUAUAACCGUAUUUUGACUGGUGCAAGCGAGUCCAACGCUCAAAUGACCAACGAGAACUGUGUUGCUUUCUGCGAGAGCAAGGGUUUCUCCAUCGCCGGUUCUGAGUACUCAGACGAAUGUUAUUGCGGCAACUCCAUUCCUGCUAGCGGCGAGCCUGUUCCUGGCGUUGUUGGGGACUGCACCAUGACUUGUGCUGGCGAUGACUCCGAGUUCUGCGGUGGUUCGGGAACCAUCUCUCUUUACCAGAAAUGCUCAGGCGACUCAUGCACAAACGCUCAGUUUGGUCCUAGUGGCUCAGCCGCAGUUCAAGUCGCCAAUCCCCCAUCAGCCGGCUCCUCCUCUUCUUCUGCUGAUGUUGCUGCUUCCGCUGCUCCUUCAACAUCCUCAAGUGGUCCUUACACGGCGCCUAGCUCUCCAACCACCCUUGCCACGAUUGCGACCUCGAGCGCUACGGCUCCGACAGAAACGCCUGAGUCGGCAGCAUCCACCCUGGUUUCGCCUGCCGAGACCUCAUCGUCUCUGUCUUCACCUGCUUCUUCCGCAACACCCUCGACAUCCAACCCAUCCUGGUCCUACACUGGCUGCUUCACGGACACGGUCAACCCACGCACCCUCCCGAACUGGUCCAACUUCAACGGCCCCAACAUGAGCAACGCCGCUUGCGUCUCGUUCUGUGAUUCGCGUGGAUAUACCGUUGCGGGCACCGAGUACGCCGGACAGUGUUUCUGUGGGGACGAGAUCACCACUCCAGUAUUGGAUGACAGCAGCUGCAACAUGGCAUGCACUGGGUCGGUCGGGGAGAUGUGCGGAGGACCCGGUGCGCUUAGUGUCUGGACGAAGAGCGAUUCCGGCAGCAAGAUGAUGGCCAAGAGGCAGCAGCUCAACUACAAGCCAUUGAGGAAGAUUGUGAAGUUUUGA